UGUUUAUUCAUCUACCGUCUCUAGCGAAAAUUUCAUGCGCCAAAAACGUAAACUAAAGGAGUUUUAUUGGAAUUACUGCGAUUUCAAGGACACCCAACUGCCCAUGUGCAGCGCCAGGCGCAACUGAGACCGGGGACACCAGAUUCCAGAACUGCGGCGGUGCAUCCUGCGCGGCGGCGGCGUGGAAAGGAAAACGCAACUUCCACCUUGUGGGUGGUGGUACAGCAGCGCAAGAAGAAGAAGAGCUGCAACGCUGCAGUCCAAUUUCAUAAACAAAGGAUAUAAAGCGCAUUAAAAUAGGAUUCCAUCGGCCACUGGACAGGAUGUCUACCUGGAGAAAGUGAGAGUCAGCUUUGCACUUGAGCCAGCUACACAGGAAUCCCGAGAUUAAGAUGCAGCAAAUGGACGACCCGCCAUCGCUGCCCGUGGGCACGGAGGUGAGCGCCAAGUACAAGGGCGCCUUCUGCGAGGCGAAGGUCAGCAAGGUGGUGCGCAACAUCAAAGUGAAGGUGGCCUACAAGCAGGGACUGGGCUCUGGCAUCGUCUCCGAUGACGCCAUCAAGGCGCCGACGGGCCAACUGCGCGUGGGUGCCGUCGUGGAGGUGCGCCAUCCGGAUCGGAAGGAGAUCGUGGAGGCCACCAUUACCAAGAUCCAGGACUGCUCCCAAUACACGGUGGUCUUCGACGACGGGGACAUCACCACGCUGAGGCGCACGGCCCUGUGCCUGAAGAGCGGUCGCCAUUUCAACGAGAGCGAGACGCUGGACCAGCUGCCACUCACCCAUCCGGAGCACUUUGGCAAUCCCGUGGUGGGAGGACGCAGGGGCCGGCGACGGGGCCACCUCAACGAGGACAGCUCCGACGACGACGACGAGAGCGAUGCCAAGGAGGUGGUCAACGAGAAGGAGGAGAACAUCGGCAAGGUGGUCUGCGUGGAGACGGAGUCCAAGAAGAAGGACAAGGAGAAGUGGUUUCCCGCCCUCGUAGUGGCGCCCACGGCACAGGCCACCGUGCGGAUUCGUGUGAAGGACGAGUACUUGGUGCGUUCGUUCAAGGACGGCCGCUACUACACGGUGCCCAAAAAGGAGGCCACCGAGUUCACCCGCGAAGUGGCCAGCAAACAAGAUGUGCCUGCUGUGCAGGCGGCCCUCGAGUUCCUGGACAGCAGCAUCCUUCCGGCCCACUGGGACAGGGACUCGCUCUUCGGCCUGUCGAACAUCUCCAGCGACGACGAGGGCGAGAUAGACUCGGACUCCUCCGACGACGAGCCGCACGAGGAGAAGGAUCGCUUUGUGGCGCAGCUGUACAAGUACAUGGACGACCGGGGCACGCCGCUGAACAAGGUGCCCUCCAUCCAGAGCCGGGACGUGGAUCUCUACCGGCUCUUUCGGGCGGUGCAGAAGCGCGGCGGCUACAACCGCGUCACCUCGCAGAACCAGUGGAAGCUGAUUGCCAUGCGCCUGGGCUUCACGCCCUGCACGGUGAGCGUAAUGAAUCUGGUGAAGCAGGCGUACAAGAAGUUCCUGCAGCCGUACGGCGACUUCCACCGCAAACUGGGCUGCUCCAUGCUGAUGACCUCGCGCAACUCCAAUCGCAGCAAGGGCCGCAGCCUGGUGCGGGCCAACUCGGUGGCCUCGCCCAAGCCCAUGGAGACCACGAAGACGGAGAGCAUCAGCAAGCUGGCCCAGCCCAAUCAGACCAAUGCGGCGGCGGUGGCCUCAACUUCGACCUCUGCCGCAGCAGCAGCGGCUGCGACAACUACUCCGGCCAGAGCCGUGUCCAACGCCUCGCAGUCCGCUGCCGAGGAGUCGGGCAACACCAGCGAGUCCAGCGUGAUGGUGGAGCCACCCAAGAAGCAGCGCAAGGGCUCGGCGGCCAGCGGUCAGCAGCAGGGCAAGGUCAAGAGUCUGGUGGAGAAGUACGAGGAGAAGAGCUCCACAACAGCGCAGAGCUCUGCAGCAGCAGCAGCAACUGGAGGAUCGGGAGCCAGUGCAUCAUCAUCUGCAGGCGCAACACCAACCACUGCAGUGGCCACACUCUCCACGUCGGCCAGCUCGUCUUCAGCAACGUCUGGAGGUUCUGCUGCUGCCCUGGCAACUGCUGCAAGCAACAAGGAUGCCGAAUCGGAUCUACCUUUGGCCAAGAUUAAGGCAGCGGCUGCGGCGGCCGCUUCCACCAGGCAGCACAGCAUGGAGAAGGAGAGCAACGUCAGUUCCGGCAGCAGUGCCUCCGCCUCCAGCAAGGCCAACUCCACGGAGAUGCAGCGCAGUCGCGAUGCCUCGCCCUCGGUUGCGGUACCGCCUCCAAGCGCCGCAAGCACAUCCUCUCCAGCAGUCGCCACACAACCGGUGUCCACCAAGAAGGAGAAGCACCAGCGCAGCAAGCAGGCGGACAAGGAUAAGGACAAGGAUAAAGACAAGGAUAAGGACAAAGAUAAGGAGAAGGACAAGGAUAAGGAAAAGGAUAAGGAGAAGGAGGAGAAGCAAGCGGGCAGCGGGAAGCGCAAGAAGGAGAAGAUUAGCGUGGAGAAGAUCGACACGGGCGACUUUGUGGUGGGGAUCGGGGACAAGCUGAAGGUGAACUACCACGAGAAGAAGUCGCCCAGCUCGCAUGGCAGCACGUACGAGGCCAAGGUCAUCGAGAUCAGUGUGCAGCGGGGCGUGCCCAUGUACCUGGUGCACUACACGGGCUGGAACAACCGCUACGAUGAGUGGGUGCCGCGCGAGCGCAUUGCCGAGAACCUGACCAAGGGCUCCAAGCAGAAGACGCGCACCAUAAGCACCAGCAGUGCGAACAGUGGCAGUGGCGGCGGCGGAGGAGGCGGUGGUGGAGGCUCCCAUUCGGGACAGGGCUCGCUGCCGCCAGGAGUGCCCCAGGGUGGCUCCAAAAUACCACCGCCCUCGGCGGGUCAUAACUCUGGACCCGGAGAACCCUCGCGAGGAUCGCUGGGUGGCGCCAGCUCCACGCCCUCGCUGCUGUCCAGUGUGGUGAAGACGCCCACGACGGGAGCAGGCGCAGGAGGAGCAGGAGGCGGAGGAGGAGGGGCCAAGCGGGGACGCGGACGCAGCGACUCCAUGCCGCCGCGCUCCACCACACCCUCGUCGUCGUCGUCGGUGGUGGUGCCGGCGGCGGCGGCGGUGGCCCACUCCGGCCGCACCAAAUCCCCAGCUGCCUCGCAGUCGCAACUCCAGCAGCAGCAGAUGAAGAAGCGCCCCACGCGCAUUGCUCCGGGAGCCACCACGCCGCGUCGCGUAUCCGACGCCUCGAUGGCCUCCGCAUCCGACUCGGACUCCGAUGAGCCAGUGCGUCGGCCCAAGCGCCAGAGCAGUGCCAAGGAGAAGGCGGCGACGGGCAAGGCGCAGCAGGGUAAGGGACGCGUCUCAAGCAGGGCGUCCUCCACGGCCCCAGCCAUGCCCCAUCAUGCCAGCGAUGAGUCCGAGGAGGAGGAGGACGAAGAUGAGCUAGCUGCUCCGGCCAAGCCACAGCAGGCCUCCUCAGUGCGCGGCUCCCGCGCCGGUGGCAAUCGCGCCAUGAGCAGUGGCGCCGCCUCCGCCAAGGGACGCGACUACGAUCUCAGCGAGAUUCGCUCGGAGCUGAAGGGAUUCCAGCCGAAGCUGCUCAACCCAACGAAUGCAGGCGAGGAGCGCAAGGAGUCGGCGGCCAAGAAGGAGUCGACGGCCGCCGAGCUACCGGACAUCAAGAAGGAGCCCAAGCUGGAGUCCUCGGCCAAGAGCAGCUCCACGGAGCUGUCCUCGGAAACGGAGUCGUACGUGGACGAGGACUCGCAGUCCUCCGACUACCGCAAGCAGCCAAAAGCGGGAGCAGGAGCUGGCAAGAAGGAGCCCCCACAGUCCAAGCUGCAGCACGAACCAGUCUCCAAGAGGGAGCUCUCGCUCAAAGAGGAGCCACUGAAAGUCGAGCCCAAGGCAGAGCCCAAGGAGGAGGAGUGCUCCAAGAGCAGCAAGCCCUUCCUGUCGGGGGCGGACAUCAAACCCACCGCUCUGAUUGCCCCGGCUAGAUUUGGCAGCACCUCAGCCAGCCAGGCAGCCAGCUCAUCAGCUGGUGGCUCUUCCACGGCCAAAUACACGUCGGUGAUUGUGGAGAAGCCUCUGACCAUUGGCGGCAAGAAGUCGGCAGCGGCUGUGGCGGAGCAGCAUGUGCCCAAAAAGGGGGAGCUAAUCAAGAAGCAAGCUGGCGGAGCAGGAGCAGGAGCUGGAGCUGGAGCAGCAACAGCUGGCUCUGCGCAGGAGUCCAAGAAGUUUGCCGAGCCGGUGGCCAGCCUGAAGGUGGAGCUGCCGGCAGCCUGCUCGCCCUCGUCCUCCUCCUCGUCCUCCAGUUCCUUCUGCUCCAGUGCAUCCGCGGCCAGCUCCAGUUCGGCCACCCGAUCGCUGCCCGACAUGAGUAAGCUGGAGAUCAGCAGUGGCACUGUGGCAGCUCCACAGACGACCUCCCAGCCAGCCGGCAAUGCCACGCCCAUGAGCCUGGCCAAGGAGUCCAAGUACAGCAGCAGCAGCAGCAGCAGUGGCGGAGGCGGAGGUGGAGGUGGAGGAACUCCGGCGGGCUCAGGAUUGAGCAUGCGCAAGCUGCUCUCCUCGGAUGUCUACGAGUUCAAGGACACGGAGCCCUUCGAGUUCGAGAAGCGCAUCUCGCCAAUGGCCUCGACUGUGGGAGCACCAGUAAGUGCAGCAGCAGGAGCAACUGCCUCCGUAAUCACCACAGCAGUGAUGGGCACACCGGGUGCCACAGCGGGAUCCCCACCGGCAGCAGCUGCGGCAACGGUGGUCAGCUCGGCGGCCAGGAAGCUGGCCCUCAAGGCCAGUGCCAUGCAGCAGAGUCUGGAGCAGCACCAGCUGCCUCCGGCUGGGCAUGAUCGUGGCUACGGUGGUGCCAUGGCCAUGGCCACCUCGCUCACAGCGUCCAAGCCGAAGAAGCGGGGAUCUCCCUUGAAGGAG